AUGGCUUAUCAUAAUCAUGAUUUAAAACGAUUGCAACCUACAACACACUCAUCUGAAUAUAAUUUAUCAAUAGAUGACAAUGAAGCAAUGAAAGAAUUUGUUCAACAAUUUUCCAUUACUUAUAAUAAUAUCAAUAAGCAUUUUCCGCCGUUUAAACCAGGCCCACAUCGAGCACGACGAGGUGGUGGCAAUGGACGAGCAUAUGAUCGCAACUUCUUUUCAUCAGUAUCACUACCCAAACGAGCAAUUCACUAUGAUUUAGCUGAAAGUUUCAUGGAUCAUUCAACAAAUCCAUUAUCAUCAAAUUUAUAUAAAGUUCGAUUUCAACAUUCGGCGAAGCAAUGGCCUAAUGGUCGAUUUAUUAAUUAUAAAGAAAUUCUUGAUAAAUCAGAUGGAUAUAUUAUUGGUCUCACAUGUGCACUUAAUUUUCCUCUUGUUCCAAAACGGAAAAGGGUCGAAGAGACACAACAAGAUUCAUUAAGUGCACAGUCAUCACUAAGUUUCGCUGAUCCAAUUUCUGAAGAACAAAAGAAGAAAUUAGCAGAUAAACAAACUAAUCUUUAUGCUAAUUUAUUUGGAUGUGGAAAAAUUCCUCGAUUGCCAUCGAAUACUCAAAUCAAAAAAAGUAAUAGUAUUAAUAAUGUGACAAAAUCGUCUGAUCUUAUUGCGUUACUCAAUGAAAAUAAAGAAGAUAAUCCAUGUUCAUAA